GGCUGCCGGAGACGGCGGCGGCUGCUGAAGGGCAACGGCGGCGAUGGGCGCUGUGGGCUGAUUAGUAAAGAUGGAAAGAGGGAGAGGAGGAGGAGGAAGGAACCUGGGAGGCUCUGGCCUGCACAGGAGCAUUUAUUCCCAGUCCCAGCAGCAGUACCAUUACCCGGCCUCCUCCCAGGGGGGCUGCAUGGAGAUCCAGGAGCUGGCCUCCAAGAGGGUGGACAUCCAGAAGAAGCGCUUUUAUCUGGAUGUGAAACAGAGCUCCCGAGGCCGCUUCCUGAAGAUCGCCGAAGUCUGGAUAGGAAGAGGCAGACAGGACAAUAUCAGGAAAAGCAAGCUGACCCUCUCCUUGUCUGUGGCUGCUGAACUGAAGGACUGCCUGGGGGACUUCAUCGAGCACUAUGCCCACCUGGGCCUGAAAAGCAGUCACCGGCACGAGCACAGCAACGGCAAAGAGCAGCAUCCCCGGAGGCGGCAGCAGCACCCACCGCCUUCGCCUCCGAUGUCCGUUUGCUCUGAAGAGCACCCUCACAGUGUCCUCAAAACGGAGUACAUCGAGAGGGACAACAGGAAGUAUUACCUGGACCUGAAGGAGAACCAGCGAGGGCGCUUCUUGCGGAUUAGACAAACCAUGAGUAGAGGACCUGGCAUGAUGGGUUAUUUUGGGCACAGCUUGGGACAGGAGCAGACGAUCGUCCUGCCAGCACAAGGGAUGAUUGAGUUCAGGGAUGCUUUGGUCCAGCUGAUAGAAGAAUAUGGUGAGGGGGACAUAGAGGAUCGCCGGGGGGGAGGUGAUGAGCCUCCAGAGCUCCCUGAGGGCACCUCCUUCCGAGUGGACAACAAGCGCUUCUACUUCGACGUGGGAUCCAACAGGUACGGCAUUUUCCUGAAGACAACACACAGGUUUCAGCAGCAGCCCAUGGUUUCUGAAAGCUGCUUGCCAUUUCCGAGAUGAUCCAAGAAUGGGAAGGGACUGCAACUCAAACCUGGCAAAGAUGUGGUCACUUUUGCUAGCUAACCUGUAAAGGAGAAGAUGUCAUCCCCAAAGUGUAUCUGCGAGCCCCCCAAAAGAGGAGCAGAAAGGUACAGGAGCAAGCUCUUGAGACAUGAGCCAAGAGAUAAAAAGAGUGAAGACUGACCCACGGCUUGGACUUUGCGGGCUGUUUUGGAGACCACAGCAGCUCUCUGGGGUGGAUGACCUAUCAUCCCCAUUGUUUGUCUCCAAACCUUCCCCUGAGAUAGUCUCUGAAGCACCCUCCUGCAGGGAAAUGCAGCCUUCUCAGUCCCUCUGUCACAGGAGGAGAAAGAGAAAUGACCAGCCGGAAGAUCCUUUUAACUUCCUCACCUUCUCAGGUUCUCGACAAAGUGAAGUUCACCCUCCUCCUUCCUACUGCAGCCCUUGAGCUGUGGCAGUAAGCCCUAGAGGUGCUCUCUCUGGUUGUUCAAAAACCCUAAGCUGACCUCUUCCUCUUGGCGAGACUGAAGAUGCUGUGCAAAAGAGAACAUGCAAGAGGCUUAAACAUGGGAAUUUUUCACAUGCCUCAGACUAAACACUAGUCUCCUCCUCCAGGCUUUCAGUCUUCCAAGAGCUUCCCACCUUUCCAGCCAAGCACUCUGUUUCCUAGAAGAAGAAAAAUCAGUAGUUUUGUGCUAGCAACAGCUGGAUUCCUCUUUUACUAGUGAAGACAUUUUCUCCCUCCCAUUUGAAUGUUGUAUGAAUGCAGAAAUAAUGUGAAAUAAGAGUUGUAAUGCUGAAAGGAGUGAUCAGAACAGAGAGUUCCUCUGGAUAGGGUUUGAUGCAAUUUGGAGCUGCCUGUAGAAGAUUGGCUGGAAGGUAAACUGAUUUGUGCUAAAAAAGCUGGUGCUGUUAAAUUAUGUUAGCGAUUCUUUACUAGACAGCCCAAAAUAGCUUUUUCUUGACCUCUGACCUCUAAGAAAGAUAACUGUAUUUCUGAUCUUACAUUGAAAGUGCCAUUUGUGCUGGAAGAAACUUACAUUCUUUAGAAACCCUCUCAGGAUGGCACUUACUGUCAAAAACAUUGCAUGGAAACUUAUGGAAAGCAAACCAAAAGUCACACAUAUAUAUCAACACCAGAUGUUGUUGCUGAGCUAACCAAUGACACUAAAUUCAGGUUAAAUACAAGUUCUAAUCCAUCUUUCUGCCUUCAUGGCAGAACACACAUCCCAACACAAGAGGAAUGUGGACCUACUCGAGCGAGUCUAGAGGAGGCCAUGGAGAUGCUGCGAGGGCUGGAGCACCUCUGCUCUGGAGACAGGCUGAGAGAGCUGGGAUUUUUUAGCCUGGAGAAGACUCCAGGGAGACCUCAGAGCAGCUCCCAGUGCCUAAAUUAGGGGCCGACAAG